AUGACUUCAACGGAUGAAAAUGCAGCAUUGCCGAAUGAAACAUUCUCAGUUGCCCUUCGAAACGCACUUAUCGGUGCUGAGGUUAUUCGUGUUGAAGUCAAAAGCACGUAUGACCUUUCACAGUAUGCUGUUAUAACACAUGACGAUAAUAGGGUACUCUUCGAGCUAAAAAAAUUGUUGCUUGAGGAUGAUAAGGCAGUUGUUGCUUUUCUCCAGAUGUUUCAUGUGGUAGUCCAAGCAGGAAUAUCCGAAAGAAAACUUUUCGGUUUCGAAUUUGAGUCUCUAACAAGCAAAGAAAAGAUCAUUGAUGAUUUACGUGAAAAAUAUAAAGAACGUCUUGAAGGUGCAUAUACUUCUUACAUCCUGGAUUUAAAUGGUUAUGAACCAUCGGUUAGCUUACGCGAAUUUCUCAAUAAAAAUAAAUGGAUUAUUGCUGGUGGUGCUGUUGCUGGUCCUUUUAUUGCUCUUGGUGGUGUUGCAGUAUUAGGCUUUGGUUCUGGUGGUAUUGCUGCUGGAUCGAUGGCGGCUUGGAUGAUGUCCCUUUAUGGUGGUGCUGUUCCAGCUGGUGGUCUUGUUGCUACUUUGCAAUCUGUUGGUGCGGCUGGAUUAGGUGCUAGCGGGGUGUUAACUGCCAGUGCGGCUGGUGGUGCGUUUGGUGCUUUUGCUGGAAAGAUUAAAGGAUGGUGGCAUAAGGAUAGCGGAAAUUAA